UCUUACCAAACCACUUGYCGUUAUUACGGUGACUGUMAACAUUUCGUCGAAACUCGUAACUAUUCCCUUUCACUGAUCCCAGUUGUUUUGAUACUGUGUAAGUAGUGUGUUUAUUUUAGUUUAUGGGCUACAGAAAAGAUCAAUCAAUUCGGCUAGAGGUUGAUUUUAUUGAUAAAAUAUACACUACUGAAAUAUUAAGCCAUUCAUAUUGUAUGGUUCUCAUAACACACAUGUUAAAAAGUCCAAGAGCAACAAAAUUAGGUUAUGUAGGAUAAAAUUAAAUGAAUAUCUGUAUACGGGUGUCAAUCGAAUAUAAAAUGCCUUUGUCCGAAGUGAGAAGAUGUGUAACAAUCAAAUUUACAUUAUUAUUGAUGUUAGCUGCUGUAGCUUUAGCUCAAUCACCAAAUAGUAACUCAAUAGUUGGCCCAAAUAAAGCUAACGGAGGUUCUGUUGGAAAGUUUCGUAAAUAUUUUUCUCAGUGCAAAACACAUACAGUAGAAUUUGACGAGUGUAUAAAGAAUGCAAUCAAUAAUGUCAGACCAUAUUUUACAACAGGUGUACCAGAACUUGGAAUUUCUCCAUUUGAUCCGUUUUUCGCCAGCGAAGUUAAACAAAGUAAAGGAGCUGGUGUAUUUGGUUACAAAUUAACUUUAUAUAACGUUACUGAAACUGGAUGGAGACUUUCAGAAAUAAAAAAAUUCAAAACUAACUUCAAUACGAAUACAAUUAAACUUACACAUUAUUUCCCCGAGAAGUAUUUAGAAGGUUACUACGAAGCAGAGAAUACGAUACUGCGACCUGGAGUUACGACGAUUGGCAGAUUCAAUAUGACUUUAUACGAUUACAUCCAAACAAUGACGAUAAGCAAACCAAAAAAUACAAAUCAAAUUAAAGUAUCUGUACAGUUAGAAGAAAUUGGAAACAUGUCCCUGCAUAUUAGCAACCUUUUGCGAGGAAGAGUAAUCGUCGAAAACGUUUUGGACAGAGUUAUAAACGCCUCAUGGAGAGUUGGUUUGCCAGUUGUGAAACCACUUAUAAACGACCUUGUUGCUUCCGCUUUUACUAAAAUUUGGAAUGAUAUUUUUAAUGAUUUUGAUUUUAGUUACUUGCUGUCUUAAAUUAUUCGCAGGUCYCCUUUUUUUAUUUCAUCUUUAUUAUUUGGCCAUUUUGAAAACUCACCCAUAAUUUUAAUUAUAAAAUUUCUGUCAUUUAAGUAUUAUCAUUUUCAUCAAUCAUUAUUACAUUGUAUCUAUCAUAUUAAGUACUGUUUAGUGUUUGUUAUGUAAUGUAAUUUUUAUUUUAUCAUCGUAUUAUAUAAAUUUAUUUAGUUAUAAUUUUUAAGAGUGUAAUAUAGGUACCUACAUAAAUAGUUUAUCCGUUAUAAUACAAGGAAUAACAAAAUCAUCCAAUAGUGUUGCUUAUUUUUCACUUAUGUUAUAUUUUCAAUACAACGUACUGACUAUAGUGACUUGUAUUUUAUACAGUACUAAAAUGUUGGUAAUCAAUAAAGUAUAAAUAUUAAAUAAACUCAUGCU